CAAUACAAGCCUGAGCUGCAGCCGUGUUGUCUUUACUGUCCGCAUCAUUCAGCUGGCAUUUUACGGGAAUAAUCUAGGAUACAGUUAAAGCAUUCAUUUUAACCCGAGACAGACCGCGACUUAUUUCACCAUUUGCACCCUGCUCUCCUUAAACCACAUCGUUUAUACUCUACCCGUUUAACGGAGGAUCAGCAAACAUGUUCUACACCUGUGGUCCCAACGAGGCUAUGGUGGUGUCAGGGUUUUGUCGUUCUCCUCCACUGAUGAUUGCUGGAGGCAGAGUGUUCGUCGUUCCCUGUAUUCAGCAGAUACAGAGGAUUUCCCUGAACACUCUGACUCUGAAUGUGAAGAGCGAUAAAGUCUACACCCGCCACGGGGUGCCCGUCUCUGUAACCGGGAUAGCCCAGAUGAAGAUCCAGGGUCAGAAUAAACAGAUGCUGGCUGCGGCCUGCCAAAUGUUCAUGGGGAAGUCAGAGGCUGAGAUUGCUCACAUCGCCUUGGAGACGCUGGAGGGACACCAGCGGGCCAUCAUCGCCCACCUGACUGUCGAGGAGAUCUACAAGGACCGAAAGAAGUUCUCAGAGCAGGUUUUUAAGGUGGCUUCCUCUGACCUGGUCAACAUGGGCAUCAGCGUGGUCAGCUACACGCUCAAAGAUGUCCACGACGAUCAGGAUUAUCUGCAUUCACUGGGGAAGGCUCGAACAGCCCAGGUACAGAAAGACGCUCGCAUUGGAGAAGCCAAGAACAAGAGAGAUGCUGUGAUCAGGGAAGCCCAUGCAAUGCAAGAGAAAGUCUCGGCUCAGUACAAGAAUGAGAUCGACAUGGCAAAGGCCCAGAGGGACUAUGAGCUGAAGAAGGCAGCCUACGACAUUGAGGUCAACACUAAGAAGGCUGAGUCAGAGAUGGCCUACCAGCUGCAGGUAGCGAAGACGAAGCAACGUAUUGAGGAGGAGAAGAUGCAGGUCCAGGUGGUUGAGCGAGCGCAGCAAAUCAUGCUGCAGGAGCAGGAGAUCACCCGCAGGGAGAAGGAGCUGGAGGCCAAGGUGAAGAAACCUGCAGACGCUGAGAGGUACCGCCUGGAGAAACUGGCUGAGGCUCAGCGUCUUAAGUUGAUCAUGGAGGCAGAGGCCGAAGCUGAGUCCAUCAGGAUUAAAGGUGAGGCUGAGGCGUUUGCAGUGGAGGCGAAGGGUCGCGCUGAGGCAGAGCAGAUGGCAAAGAAGGCAGAGGCUUUCGAGCAGUACAAGGAUGGAGCCAUGGUGGACAUGCUGCUGGAGAAACUGCCUCUGAUGGCAGAAGAGAUCAGCAAGCCUCUGUGUGAAGCCAACAAGGUUACCAUGGUGUCCAGUGGAGGCGGGGAGGUAGGCGCAGCCAAACUGUCAGGAGAGGUGCUGGAAAUCAUGACCCGCCUCCCUGAUAUGGUGGAAAAACUGACCGGAGUCAAUAUCUCCCAGGUGACCUCUCGUACCGGCUGAAGAGAAUCAACCAGUCUGGUUUCCAGGCAGAUCCACUCUCUGUCUUAUCAGCUGCCUGGACUCUCUGCAUGGGUCUGCUAACAGCAUCUUUCCUCUACUCCCAUUCCUGUCUUACAUCAUCUGUAUAGCUGUGUCUGCUCUGUCUGAGCUUAAGUCUUGUGCUACGGUUACAGUUAUUAUUUGUUUCUAGUCCAUAUGUCCAAAGAAUUCAAAUUACAAUACUUCCCAGAUAUUACCUUUUUAAAAUUUGAGUCUGUGACCUGUUUUUUAACCAGACUCUAAAAUGCAUUGAAACAAGCAACAUAUAUAACAGUAGCUUCUGUAUAUCCAUUACUUUUUAUAAUUAUCUUUUAUUACAAUAUAUACAAUUUCACCAAAACUUGUCUUAACAAAGUCGUAUGUCCUUUCCUAAUUUCUUCUCUUUUUGUGUUUGUGUCACACUAAUGAAAAAAGUGUUUGCUUGUCUGCUUUUGUCUGCGUCUCUCCCCACUUUGAAAGUCUACUCCUUAACUACCUGCCCACUGCCUUGCUACCAAACCUUAAGUGCAUCUUAACAUGGAAGUUUGAUACAAACAUACAGGUACAUAUAAAUUACAUAGUCUAAUACUAGACCAAAGCCUGUGGUUUUGGCUUUCACUCAUUUCUCAUCAUGUAUUUCUUACAGAAUUCAUAUUUCAUUUAUCAGGCGAGUAACCAUUUCCUUGAUACUUAAGUCUUUGAAAUUAUCAUGGAUGGUUGCAAUUUAACAGGUAAUCAAAACUGCAAUACCAUCUGUUAAUCUGUAUGGCAUUACUUUGUAUUAUGUUUGAAAUAUGUCAUUGUUUUCUUUGUGUGGUCUCCAUCAGCGGUGUCUACUAAUGUUUUCUUGUCUUGUCCUGCUGAACCAUUAUUAACAUUUUUAGGAUUUCAGGAUGAUAUAUUUGAGGACCCUUUGCUUAAGGCAUACCAGUGUAAUAUAAUAUCUAACAGCCACUUUUCUCUGUGACUUUAUGCAAACAAUAUUACCAAAUCGGCUUCAUGGUCACUAACCCAUCAACCCAUCUUUAGUUCUGUCUUCCCUGACUUGAGGUUCUAUAUUAUGAACUUCUGUAUUAAACAUGUUUGUUAUCUAAUUGAUAUUUUUAUAUCCAUCCAUCCAUUUUACAUUCAUCACUUACAACCCUUUCUAUCAAAUUUGACAAUUCAGGAGGUCCAUGGUAGAUUGAAAUUUCUAAUGGAUCGUUUUCAUCAUAAUGAUGAUCACAGGCGGCAGAACUGACAGGGAUUCGGUCUUUUCCUAAGGACACUUAAUCAAAACAGAUCAAGGCCAAAGCACGAGCUUGAACGAGGAUCUUCUUGUUCAAGCUCCCUUGGGACUUUUCCACCACGAAUCCCAGUAAAACAUACAUAGUAUUUGAUGUAUGCCUUAAGUAAAGUGGUGCCAUUUGUGUUGUUAUGGCCAGUCAUGUAGCAGCUCUCAUAAAGGUCUCGCUUGUGAAACUAAAGGUAAAUGUGGUGGAAAGUAUAAUUGUAGCUCUCUAUUGUAGCAGUGAUAAGAAAGCUGUAUUUAAAUGCUGAACUAUGUAUUAUUAUUAUUGUUUAUUUUUAAUGAGAGCCUGAUGUGAAGAUAUAUGGAUGAGAUGCUGAUAUGUGUUGUCAGAUUGUACUUCAGGGAAAGGGAUGUUAAAGAUUUGAUAUUUGAAGAUAAUACCAAACAAUGCUACUGAAAAUCUCUUCCGCUGUAUAUCAGUCAUUUCUCAUAUUGGAGAUUAAAUGCAUGUUGUCCCAGAAUGAAAUGCUAGUGAAGGUUUAGGAGCUGGAGCUGAAUCUUUAGUUCCUAAAAAGUAUUCCAACUUGCCUUAGACCCUGUCCCUAUCACACUGUCACCCUCUACCUCACCACAACCUCUGGGGGCUGGGUAUUAAAACAUGUCGGCACUGUAGCUUUUCUGUAUCAACAUACAUUUUAAGGCAUCAAACCGUACUUCAACAUUUAAUAAUCUUAUCACUACACUAAAAGCAUGCAAUUUAAGUGUUAUUUGUUUUUCCCUCCAUGACACUGAGCUUAAAUGCCUCACUUCUGUUACUGUGUUAUCGGCACUGCUGAUGAAAGUACAGCCAAAUGUACUGAAAUUGCUUUCUGAAGGUACAUUUUAUUCAUUUGAAGACGAGUACUUAUACUACUAUUAUGCAUGCAUUGAUACCUGACACAAUUUAACUGUAAUCUUGCAAGUGCAUAUGUUUUCAGUCAGGAUGCUGUACGCUACUUUACUGUGUGAUUACCAAAGUAGGAAGAGAUCAUCUGUUGGUUAGUAGAAAUGGAAAGUGUUAUUUGUUCUUCUUUAGUGGAAUGUUUUAAGUGUACUGAUACUCUGAAGUGGCGCUAUAUAUGGAUAUAGAUGCAUUUAUACAAUAUAUAUAUUUGAUACAGUAGCACUGUUUACUUCACAAGUCACUAUUAACAACUCUACUAACUCAUAACUAACAGCAACCCCAGUGUUUCAUUAUAAAUGUAUUUAGACUAAAGUCAGUUUAGUAGAGUUUUCUGUGUUAUUUCAACUCAUGCUGUAGUUUGCUGGUGAAGUUCUACCAAAAUUGAAGGUACCAGUUUGUUGCUUUUUAAUUACUGUGUGAGCACUUCAGGAAAUUUGUGUUUUUAUGAAAAUGUUAUUAUACAAUCAUAUACACAAUAAAAUUGUGCUAAAUUGCAAAAGGGAAACCACUUAUGUCUUUUACUGUUUCUGAAAAAAGAGUAGUCAUAUCCUAUAUUCUACUGCUGUAUCUCUUAAGUAUUACUUCGCCCCAGUAUUAUAUCUGUUUAAAUCUUAAGUAUGCAUGUUUUGGCUUUGUAUUUUUGUUCCAGUUUUUAUUUUUAAUUUUCAUCAAUGGGCAAGUUGUGUUGCUUUUGAAUUGUAACUGCGUAAGGUCUUUGGGCACUACAUGAAGGUAGCCUACUAAUAAAGUUUUUUUCUAAACAUGUA